AUGUCUGACGCUAUUACUGACCAACCACCGGGGGAACUGCCCCCACCAUUGAAGUAUGACAACCUCCAGACAACAGGGGCCAUGAGGGCUUCAUGGAUAAGGAAUCCCAACCAAAACUGUCCAAUUGGCGCCUCACGGCUCACAAUGCAAAACAUGAUAGAAUCGGGAUGGGGAAUCCGGCACCAAAAACGACACUUUCCACCCGACCAAAUCUACGAAGAAACCGUCGAACUGGGGCUUUCGGGAGAAAAGCUCUACCGCAAGAUCGUACUAUGGAAAUCCGGAGUAUCGCACGGACAGUACUGGGUGAAUGACAACAUGUUACAAACAGGGCCAGGCGUAAUUUUCGCCAUGGAUAGCUUCCGGCCUGACUCGGCAUAUUGGGCGCAAAUUGCGCAGGCAGUUUACCAAGAUGAACAUCCUAUCGAGGAUCUGAAGUAUGUCUUCCAGUGUAAUAUCAUUAACCCUGAGACUAUGCUAUUUGUGCAGAAGAGCCUCUAUGUUGCAGCGAAUGGUCUUGGCUGGCCAGAUGAUAGACUGCGUGUCUGGGAGCAGGAUACCGCUGAAUAUCAGGCUCUGCUGGGUACGAGGCUUGCCAAAGGUGUGGCGUAUUUGGUCCUGGGGGCUUUCCCGCGAGGAACGAGACGCAUUGCGAGGAUCGUGACUUGGGGAGGUCGUUAUAUACCCUACAUACAGAUGCGGUUUGAUAUUGAGAAGGUUUGA